AUGACACUCGACGAUUGGCUGGACGACCUGUGCGUCCGCUUCAUCAACAACCUGCCUCAAGCAGACCUGACGUCUAUGGCACGAAUAUGUUUUCAGGUCGAAGAAGCCCACUGGUUUUACGAUGAUUUCAUCCGCCCCCUCGACCGCUCCCUCCCGGCCAUGACCCUACGCACCUUCUGCCUCUCCAUCUUCAAGCGGUGUCCGCUGCUUGCACCGUUUCCGAUCGAGCACCACGUGCUGGCAUUUGAGCAGUUCCUCAAGUACAAGACGAGCAUUCCCGUUCGCGGCGCCAUCCUGCUCAACGAGACCAUGGACAUGGCACUGCUCGUCAAGGGCUGGAAGAAGGGCGCCAACUGGAGCUUCCCCAAGGGCAAGAUCAACAUGGACGAGGACGACUUGGACUGCGCCGUCCGCGAGGUCGACGAAGAGACCGGCUUUGACAUCCGCUCAGCCGGCCUCGUGCCGCCUCCCGAGGAGGUCAAGUUCAUCGACACCUCCUUCCGCGACCAGCAGAUCCGGCUGUACGUGUUCCGCAACGUGCCCAUGGACACCCAUUUCGAGCCCAAGACCCGCAAGGAGAUUGGCGGCAUUCAGUGGUAUAAGAUUGCGGACCUGCCGAGCUAUCGAAAGAAGAACAAUGCGAAUGGCCAUGAAACCGACGAGCCCACAUCCGCGACCUCCAACCGCUUCUACAUGGUGGCGCCCUUCAUUGGGCCGCUUCGGAAGUGGAUCGCCUUCCAGCGGAAGAGGGACGCUGCGCGCGCCGCCGGCAACAACUACCCGACGCCGCAAAUGGCCCACGCCGAGGACACCUACACGGAAGACGAAGGCAAUGCACUGCCCGAACCCGUCACCCAGGACACGCUUAGCGGUAUUGCCGAUCCCAACCAGAUUCUGGAAAACGCAAAUAGGGAAUUGCGGCAGAUGCUUCGUAUGCCGCCGCUGCCGUCCGACGAAGCACCGCCUGUGCAGGCACCGGCUCCCGUUCAUCCGCCGCCGGUGCAGGAUGCGUUUGUGGACCCCAACCAAAACAAGGCCAAUGCACUGCUUGCCGUCUUAAAGCAGGGCGGCACCAUCAAGGCCCCUCCACCGCCAGCACCAGCGCCGGCACCGGGUGGCGGCCAGGGUAUUUCUCUCAACCAUCUCCUGAGCCAGGUGUCCCAGCCGCAGUCCAACGCGCCACGAGCACAACACCACCAGCAAUACGAGCACCAACUGCCUCCGUACUCGCAUCAGCAGCAGCAGCAGCACCAGUACCAACAACCCCCGCCCCAGCACCAGAUUCCUCAGCUAGGUCCGCCACCACAAAACCAGCACUUGCAGCAACGUUUUGAGCUGCAGAAGCCGCAACAGGGCCAGCAGCACCAACAGUCCUCUCAAAAUUACCCCUACCCGCAACAGCCUCCUCAGCAAAGCCAGAACAUGAAUCCCUUCGCACCAAACCCGCAGGUUCCGCCUCCACCUCCGUAUACGGUAAACGGCAACGACAUGCAAGGGCCGGCGCAGGCUUUUGCCCAAGCACAAGCCGCGGCUGCGGCGUUCCGUUCCCCGCAACAUGCUCCGCCACCGAUCCCACUCCUUCACCCUCAGCCACUUCCGCCCGUUGUCCAGAAGGCACUGUUUGCUAGAGACAUGCUAGCGUCUCCAGACGCAUCGUCGCAGCAGGGCAACAGCAUGUUGCUUCCGCCGCCGCCGCCGCCGCAGCAGCAGCAGUACCGCGGCCAGCAGGCCCCUUUGAGCAACCAUGCCGCUGCUCUGCUGAACGCGUUCAAGAAAGACGACAGUGCUACUCGUCCAGGUGGCGCAAGUGGUGCGCCUCCCCUGGAAACCGCUGGCGGUCCUGGUUGGCCACAGCAGAAGCCUCAGCAACUGCCGCAACAGCAGCAACAGCAGCAACAGCAACAGGCCCGCCACGCAUCCCAUGCUGUUCCGCAACAGCAGACUCAGCAGCCGCAACAGCCAUACGCGACUCUCCAGCACAACCUCCACGGCGCCCGUCCCCAGCCGGCUUCGCAGCACCCAUACGGUUCACUCCAGGCCGGAGCGGUUCCAGCAGCCCAGAACCCCAAUCAAGGCGCACCCAACCUUCCGAGCGGCAACAACGACAAUUUUAAUCAGUACCUGCCUCGCCCUGCUGCGGCCAACAACGGCCCGCAAGACCAGCCGCCUGUCCGCACCGAGCACUCCGAUCAGCACAGGUCGUCCCUGCUUAGCAUGUUCACGAAGCAAACUACGCAGCCAGUACCUCAGGCCGCAGCACCGAUCCAUGUCCCUGCGUCCGGCUCUCCGGCAUCGGCACCCGCGCCACCACAGCAUGCCACUUUGGGCCACAAUGCGAGAACCAGGCAGUCGGCCGGUGGCCCGCAAGGUGUCACAGCCCAGCGGACGGUGUACUCGGCGACGACAAUCUCCACGACACAAAGUCAGCAGGGUGCUUCUCUGGGCCAAGGCCAAGGCCAAAGCCAGGCCCAGGCAAUUGAGGCGGCAGCGCGUGCCAAUGGCGGUCCGAUCGAGAUGAAUGCCCAGACCAACCUGCCGUUCGGUGCUUUGACACUUCUGACACGGCCCAAGGCCCAGCAGAACAGCAGCCCCAGCCACAGCGGCGUAAAUGCACAUGCGACCAGGACAGACCGUUCACAACAGCAUCCCUCGACGUUCGCGUCGCCGAUUACCGAACUGCCAGCCGAGACCACGCAGCUCCGCAAACAGCCCAGCCUCCCACGCCAGGUGAGCCAGCCGUACUCUACAUCGCCGAGCGACAGACGACCCUCAACACGUGGCUCACAGCCUCCGUACAACACCGCUGCGGCCACGCUCGCUGUGGCAGCCACCCUGCCGCCGCACGGUACGGCCGUGCGGCGCCCUAGUCAUGCGUCGUCAUCGCCCACCGCGCCGGCGCCCGGAGACCAAUACCAGCCGCCGCAGCCACACCCGCUCCCCACACUCAACUACCCGUCUACGAGCGCUGCUACGGGCGGCGCCAGCGUGCGAGCGCCUGAGCCGGCAAACCCCGAGCACAAGCAGAAGCUGCUGUCGCUGUUUGCUGCGAAACAGCCACCGCCACCGCCGCAGCCGCCUGCCAUGUCCACCACCUCUGCUGCCAGCAUUGCCGGUGCCGGUCUCCACCCCAUAGGCAUGCACGCGCCGCAACAUCUUCCGCCGCCGCAACCUCAUGCUCAACAGCAGCACGCCCCGUUCGGCCCUUACGAAGCGGCAGACUCGGCACCAGCCAUCGAGGCUAAUAACUCAAGACGUGGCAGCAGCCAGGCACCCAUCUCGCCAGCCAACCGCAACUUCUUGCUGGGCUAUCUGGCAUCCGUGUCAGGUACCCAGUAA